AUGGUCAGAUCGAACAGCUCCCCUCAUUCGGAACCAGAAGCACGCCUUUCGGUCGGGAUGCGUGAAAUAAAGGAGAAAGCUCGCCUGGUUGGCAGAGCCCCCAAACAUUUUGCACUGUCCAACCAAGUCCUCGGAUUUUUAUCCCUGCUCAGGGAUGUGGGGAAUCACGCGAACCAAUGGCAUACGGAAUAUCUGGUCACUUGGGUCACUCAGGAUCAGUGGAAACUGUUUUUUGAACCAUGGCUGAAGAGUUGCAUGGAAGACCUGAUCGUACAUCCUGCAACCCACUCAUUUGACAUGGAGAUUGCCCGGGAAACCGCCAUGGAAACGAUUCCUCAGUUCCUCAUCAACAUUGUGUACAACAACAGGUCCAUGCCAAAUCUCUCCAGUGAUAGCGCCCAUCGUGUCGUCACCGACUUGCGGGUCUUGGAGCAGAUUCAAGAUCCUGUGAUAGAACUCAUCGUAACCUGCUGGGAAACGGUCGCUGAAGAGAAGUUUAAUAUCAUCAAGUGGGGGGCAUGGUCAGAUCUGGUCUUAUUGGUGAAGCCAGAACUAGAAUCGACGACCAACAUGCGUGGCUGCACGCCAGCUAGGGCAUUUGGGGCUCUUGGCGUCAAUUGUUCGGGACUCGAGCAUCUGGCUCGGGAAAUUCCCAGGAUGAGCUCUAGUGACCUGAUCAAGGUCGGCAGUAUUCUUCUCGUCCUGCUUGGAAGAGCCCUAGCCGCGAACUCGCAAGGGCAUGACAUUACCCAAGGAUGGAUUUACUCGCCUGUUCAUCUCCUCAGAAACCUAUUACGCUGCCGCGAGUCUCACGAGGAACCACAUGAUAUCGAGCUUGCUCUUGAGCUUGUAAAGGCUGUGACGACCCUCUUGACUGCUCACAUACAAGACGUUGGGUGCGAAGGUGUUCAAGCUGUUGUAGACGCAGGAAUUCUGAAGGCAUUUCUGACCGCCCAUCCGUCGUUCACUAGCAGCAUGCUCUUUCAACCCCUUUGGGCCGAUAUUCUUGAUACAAUCACUCGAUUCCUUGUUUAUCCUGAUGUUCUACACCGGUUCUUACAAGCCAGGAGAAAAUUGGUAAAGUGUGGGUUGGAUGAUUGCACGGACACUAUUACCAAGCCCUCCACCCCUUGGGACUGGGCGAAGCUGAAAGCUUUUGGCGUCCGUCAGGUACGCCGUACAAUGAAAGCUGAAGGAACGCUGCACGUCUGUGUAAAUCAUCCAAAGUGUUCUUCAGGAGACUCCCUGACAACUUUCAAGCGCUGUGCAGGCUGCGACAAGGUCGGCUACUGCUCUUACGCUUGCCAAAAGUCGCACUGGAAAGCGACUCAUCGAGGUGAAUGCCGGAAACUCUGUGAUAAGUGGUAUCUUACAACGGACAACCGCCGUUUCUUGAGAUGCUUUGCUAGCACCACCCUCUCUCUACAUACUACCGCACGAGCACAGCGCAUCGUCGCCUAUGCCUCUACCAUGGACCCCACAACCAACGAAGAUCAUGAACGUAUUCGAAUGAAGACCGCGAAUCCCUUCCUAUUCGUGAACCUUGACCUACCCGGGUUGCCUGCAGCAAAGGAUUUUGAAGUCCUGAAUGCGCUUGACUUCGUAGAUCUGAUGUCGAAGAUUUCAGAACCACGAAGCGCGCCCUUUAUUCAGGGUAUUGUCGCCGAAUGGCGCGCGACCACGAUUGACGAGGUGUACGUCUUCGCAAAAUUUCCUUUGACACAGGAAGACACCACCAUCUCCAUUGUGGGUUUCAUUUGGAGAUUGGACGGUCACAUAAUCCUGUAA